UGGAAGCAGUUUCUCUUCAAAACUCAAAAGCCAAACUACUUUUGCUGUGAAGCUCUGGCAUGCUGAGAGAAAAUAUAGAGCAAAGAAGGGGCUGCUCAUUCACUACUAGAAACCGCUAUUCUCUUCACUUCUCUCACUGAAUAGAGCUCAUACGUUCUGAAGUUGCGGAUACAAAAACUUGGGGAGCUCUUGCGUUUGGGGUUUGUGCACCAAAUUUUCUCUACUGAAUUGUGUUUCAUGAUGGAUGAGUAUCUUGACCACCUUAUAUCGUCCACAUUAUGGGUUAAGGAUGCAAAAGAAAAUUUUUCUUUAGACAGUGGUGAAUGUGGUCAAGUAAAUGGUCUGCUGCACAAAUCACUUGGAGCUUAUCAAGCUGACCAAGAGAUUUCACCUAUAAGUACGAUUAGUUCAAACCAGAAUAUGGACAUUUUAGCUGCUUAUGAUGCUUCGUCUGCAAUUCUUACUGAAGAGCUGGGUGAUGGUGUUGACACGAGCUUACCAUGCGGUGAUUCUAGGACAUCAAAAGAUGGUGUAGGUGAAGGCAACCCCACUUUACAUGGAAGGAUGAAUUUCAGCUCGGAACUUGGAAAUACAAACCUGCAACAUGCUGUAUCUAUUCCUAGUAAGGGCUUACUGAACCUAGGUUCUUCGAAGCACCUUCCGGUGUUUGGUGAUCCCGCACAAUCUGUCUCCUUUGCUGAGGCGGGGCAUGUUGAACUUGGCGGUAGCAAUGCAACUGAUUUUCAUAGUUCCUUCAGUGAUUUGCAAACUAGUUCUCCAAUUUCACAAUUGUGGGCUCCACCACCUUUUGAGGCUGUUUCUUCCCUCUCUCCUGCUGUGGGACAAGAAAGAAUGAAUGACUUUGGAAUGCAAGGCGAGAAUUUGGAAGAUUGUAUGGACAUGAUGGAUAAAAGAUUUGUUAAGGUGGAUGAGAUUUUCCAAUUUGAUAAGGUUUCUUCAUCAGUCACCGAUAAGCAGGGGACGCAAAAUUUGCAAACCUGUCCAUUGUCGUUUGGUAAUGUGCCACCGCAGAUAGCAACACUACCAACAAGUGGAUUUCCUUCUCUGACGCAGUUACAGAAUACACAUGCUGCUUCAACUGGUGGCUGUAAUGGUAAUGGAAAGCCUCGGGUGAGGGCACGAAGAGGCCAGGCCACUGAUCCGCACAGCAUUGCUGAAAGGCUUCGUAGAGAAAAAAUUGCUGAAAGAAUGAAGAACCUACAAGAACUUGUACCAAAUCCCUCCAAGACUGACAAAGCAUCCAUGCUCGAUGAAAUCAUAGAGUACGUCAAAUUUCUUCGGCUUCAAGUCAAGGUACUAAGCAUGAGCAGACUGGGCACUGCAGAAGCAGUUUUCACAAAUGGUCGAGACGAGGGCUCAAAUGAUUUUUCACAAUCCCCAUCUCCCGAUCAAGUUGCCUUCGAACAAGAAGUAAUUAAGCUGAUGGACUCCAAUGUUACCAUGGCUAUGCAAUAUCUUCAAAGCAAAGGACUCUGCCUCAUGCCCAUUGCUCUUGCCACUGCCAUAUCCAGCAAAAGAACAUCCAUGUCACAAUUUGUCUUCAAAGAAAGGAGGAAUUCUGGGGAAGGAAAUGGUCUUGUUCAGACUAACAGCAGCAGCAGUAGCACCAACAGUCCACCAGGAGCUGACGAUGGAAAAUCCACGGUGGGAAAGCUUAGCAACAAAGGCAACAUCACCUAUGGUUGUAAUGGAGGUAUGAAACAAGAAGUGAAGAACACCUCUCUCCCUGCGAAGCUUAAACCCUAGAUAUAGUUUGAUGAUUUCUCUCUAUGACAAAGUUUCCUUGUUUAUUUAUUUUUUUUUCCUCCAAUAAUAUAAAUAAAGUACCAAAUUUGGCUUUCAGAGUCCAGAGAUGUCCAUGACAAGCAUUAAAUUUGUCAUAUACUUC